AUGGCAGAGGAAGAGGCGCUGAUCUUCACAGGAGGGAAGGAGUUCUGGUCUGCCCUGACCCAGAAGAAGGAGCGAGCGCGUUUGGUUGUUCUUGAAGUAGAAUCCCUCCAGGUAAGUAUAUUGUCUUUAUUUACAAAGAAUCGGUCUUAUUUCACACCACUGCUCGUGCGUAGAGUCCCGGCUUCAGGAGCAGGCGUCCAGACACCCAAAGGAAGGCGUGGUGAGACAGGCUGCCUCCAGGCCCGCGCGCUCCUCUCCAGGUGCCCGUCGUCCCGGGGCUCUUCCCGCGCGGCCGGACCCUCUGACUUCCCUUCCAGCCGAGGCGCCUCCUUCCGCUCGCGCCGCGCCGCGCGGCUCCGCUCGGACGUGUCCGCGCCUCCGCGACCACCGGAGCCACUUCGCGGCGAUGCUGGGGCCGCCGGUCUGGGCGUUGGUGGCCGGUGUCCUGCUGGCGCUGUCGCCGGGCCGGGCGGGGGGCGCCCCGAAGGCGGGCCGGCGGCCAGCACGGGCGCGGGGCUGCGCGGACCGGCCCGAGGAGCUCCUGGAGCAGCUGUACGGGCGACUGGCGGCCGGCGUGCUCGGCGCCUUCCACCACACGCUGCAGCUGGGCCCGCGCGAGCAGGCGCGCAACGCCAGCUGCCCGGCCGGGGGCAGGCCCGCCGACCGCCGCUUCCGGCCGCCCACCAACCUGCGCAGCGUGUCACCCUGGGCCUACAGGCUUUGUACCGGUGGCCCGUGCGGGUCUUGCAGAUGUUUUCCGGGUGCCUGUGCCCGUCCAGGGACAGCUGGACAUUGGAUCUCAGUAACGCAUCUUCCGAGUCUUCUAGCCCUGGCCGACGGAUCUCCUACGACCCGGGCCGCUUCCCACGGUACCUGCCUGAGGCCUACUGCCUGUGCCGGGGCUGCCUGACCGGGCCACGCGGGGAGGAGGACGUGCGCCUGCGCAGCGCCCCAGUGCUCGUGCCCGCGGUGGUCCUGCGCCGCACCCCGGGCUGCGCAGGUGGUCGCGCUGUCUACGUCGAGGAGUAUGUCACUGUGCCCGUGGGCUGCACCUGUGUGCCCGGGCCGGACAAGGAUGCGGACGCUGCCAACUCCAGCCUGGACAAGUCGGCCCGGCCCUGACGGCCCACCUGGGACCCCGGGCCCGAGGAAACGUGCCCAGUGGUGGACCGGACCGGACUGGAUCCUGUGGUGGGCUGCCCCGGACUUCCUCGAGCAGGAGCGCAGGGCGGCCGGAAGGUGAUGGGGACUGGGAAGGGUGGCCUGCCUCGCCCCCAGGACCACGGGAGGGGUGAGCCUCAGAGGACACACUGAUGCUUGCAGUCUUUUUUAAAAAAUAGAGUGUAAACCGUUUAUUCAGCUAUUUUUUUCAAUGGGGCAGGAACAAAGUAUUUUCAUAUUAGCCAUUUUGAGCAAGUAUAUUGUUUUUACCUGACCUGUAAACAUUUUAUAGACAUUGUUUUCACUUCCUCAGCAGGAAUUUUUAGAGGCUCAGGUAGCUAACUCUUCGGUUGGUCACCAGUGGACACGGCUGGACAGGACCUGCCCUCCCUAUGGGCAGCUCAGCUCACCCCAGUCUUUAUUCAUGAGGAUAUAAAUCACCACAGGUUUAUACAGGUAGAAAGUUUUUCACUUUUCAAAGUCAGGGGCCAGUUUGUGGACAAGAGGCAGUGAGGUCAGAGCGUGGUAUGUAAGGUCUGUGCCAAUUCCCAGGUAUCUGGCUAGUUUUAAGGGCUUCAGGAGCUAUUAAGUGGGCAGACUUACAGUUGCCAGAAUGCAGGAGUGGAGCCUCUUCUAGCACUGCAGCUAAACCCCAGAACUAUUUGUAAACGUGAGACCUUCUUAACUCGAUUUAUGUAACACCUAUAGGUAGGUGAAGGGCAUGCUGGCUGUGGUUUUCUCUCUGGACUCAGCUUUGAUGGUCUCAACUAGUUCUUAGAGCAAACGAGCAACUGUGAAGUCAGUCUCUCUGUUUAUGUGCUCUCUUCCCCACUUACCAUCAGCCUUGGCUUGAUCUGAAUGGAAGCUUUACUGAGAACUUCUAGUUUGUAUUAUAUAUUGACAGAGGUUGUACAUGAAAAACAUUGCUGAGCAAAAUUCAUAUUUUCCAAAUAAAAAUUCAGAACUGAAA